AUGUGGACAGCACAUGGUGAGAGACGUGAAAAUCAGGACCAUGAGAGUGGUCAGGAGUUAGAACAUGAGGGAUUUGGUGAGACAGACCGGAUGGAGGAUAUGCUAGUUGACUUAGCUGGUGAGCAACCACCAUUAGUUGAUGAAAGUCCAACUGGUUUUGCACAAGCCUUCUAUAAUGAUGCUAUGAAUGUAAGAUUGGGUUUUGCCACUGAUGGUUUUACACCAUAUAGUGUGACUGCAGCCUCCUACUCAUGUUGGCCAGUAUUUUGGGUUCCAUAUAAUCUUCCACCUGGUGUUUGUAUGAGGCAGGAGUAUAUAUUUCUUGCUAUGGUCAUCCCUAGACCGGAACACCCAGGAAAGAACCUAGGUGUGUUGCUGCAACCUAUGGUAGAUGAACUGUUGGAGCUGUGGGAUGGGUCAGAUCAUUGUAUUAAUUUAGAAUUUGUAAAUCAUACUAUAUGUCUUUGUAGUGAAUUUGACCACGAACAGUGGAAGGGCCGCUCACACCCAACUGAACAAGAAAUCAGUAGCUUGAGAUUAAAUGGUUGGAAAGGCACACGUGGCAGCUACAAUGGCCCUAACUUCUUUGAUUGGUUCAAAAACAUAUGUGCAAUCAGAUCAAGUGUUCACAAUGUGCUGCGUCAAAUUUCAUAUGGGUUUCGUAAAAGAGUGUCCUCCUAUGGUUGCUAUGAUGUGAAUGGGUAUAGAUUUCGGUCGGAGAAGUAUGAGAGGAACAAGACACUAGCUACGACCAAUAGUGGUGUUUGUGUGGCUUGUACCGAUGGUGAUGGCAAUGUUCUUGUGUACUUUGGUGUUAUAGAGGACAUCAUAAAAAUUUCUUGGGAAGGCAGGGAACAACUUGAUCUGAUUUUAUUUUAUUGCCGUUGGUUUGAUCCAACCUCUAGGGGUGUUAGGCGAACUGAAAAUCUUGGUUUGGUGGAAGUGAAGCAUAGCUCAAGACUUCGAAAUUUUGAACCAUUUGUGUUGGCAAGUCAGGUUACACAGGUUUAUUAUCUGUCAUAUCCUUGUGUGGAAAAGCCUAAUUUGAGAGAUUGGUGGGUAGUGUACCAUGUGGCACCACGGGACCGUUUGCCUCCAAUUGACACCAACAAUGAUUCAACAAAUCCAACUGAAGGGCUAAUAGAUGACAUCUCAUUUUUCCAAGAGGAUGGGCUGGAAGGCACAUUUGUGAUCAAUCUAGGAGGUGAUUUUGAAGUAACUGCAUCAGCAGCCUCUGAUGAAAUAACUGAUGCAAAAGAACUGGAGGAGUUGGAGAAGCAAAGUGUUGGUCUACAACAGGACAAGACAUUACAAAGUGAUGAAGAAGGAGAUGCAGUCCUUUAAUCAUCGGAUGGAUAAGCAAGCGCGGGCAAUUGAAGCCUUGAAUGAUUUUGAGGGUCAGGUGCCAGAACAAAAGAAGAUAAGGGGGCGCAACAAACUGCAUAGGCCUCACAAUGGUCAAAUUGCCAUUAUACCUGAGGGUGACAGCCAAUUCCGCUAUGCUAAGUACUCAAUUGAUGACAAAAUGAAGAAAGGACCCAUCCUUGGAGUGAUUUUGAAGCAAGAAUACCCUCCCAUAAUUGAAGGAACUGAUAGAGAUGGUCAGCCAAUCCUAUACCAUGCCAGAAAUUGGAGCCACUACUCUCACACGGUAAGGGAUGAUGGACAAACUCCUGCUGACUGUGUGAAAGCAGAAUUCUGGAGCAUAUACUCAGUCCAAGAACUUGAAGAUGAAGCAGACCGCGUAUUUGAGAAAUAUGCGCACACCCAAUGCAAGAAUAUGUUGUACCAAGCUCGUCCUGCUGCUGUCAAGUACUACUAUAGGGAAAUCAUUAAGAGCCCCAUACCUGAUGAGUUGGCAUGUGCCAAAUUGCUUAAUUUUCAACAAUACAUGCGUUGCAAGCCUGACUGGAUCACUGAAGCAGCCUGGGAGUCCAUUUGUAAGUACUAGUGCUCUAAUGACUAUUUGAAGAAAAGAAAGAUCAGGCAAGAAAGUCGCAAAAAAAAUCCGGACGGUGCUCAAAACAGGGGUGGCUCCAGGCCAUUAGUUGAGACUCAGCAAUAUCUUGAAGCAAAGUAUGGACCUGGACAGGCCAAUAUUAUAAACACUUACUGCUGCAUGAAAUCUGGUGUUAAAAAUUGUGAUAGCAGUGGCAACGCGGGUCCAAUUCCUAGCCAACGGGCACAGCAGCUAGUUAAUGACUACAACGAUGCACUCCAAGAAAAGUAUCCAGAUAAUUGGCAAGAGCAACCUUUUGAUGGGCGAAUUGCAUAUGACAUUGGUGGUGGCUUGUCCCAUGGUCGCCUUGCAAUAGGAAAUGGUGCUGUCAAGAAGGCUUCAAUUAUUGAUGCUGCUAAGGCAAGUGAGACAAGGCCAUCAAACUCAAGGUCAUUCCAAAAUCUGUUCAGAAGGUAUGAGGAGCAAGUUGAAAACAACCGACGCUUAACACAACAAAAUGCAGCCUUGACUCACAAAAUGCAGCUUUGACUCGUCAUGUGAAACGAACUGAUCGCGUAGUUGAGCUCAUUGCUCAAAAGGUACAGAUAGAGAUACCAUCUGACAUGCUUGAGGAGGAAGAAAAUGACAUGAGAGGGACUGGAGAUGGAUCCUCUAAUGCUUCAGCCAACUUGGACAAUAACAGUGAUGGUCAUUGAGUUGCCUGGUAUGUUUGGUGAUGGCUGCCAUCUUUUGUUCAUGGUCCCAUGCAGUAUGGUAGAAACUCUCAAGUUUGAAGAGAAACGUCUUUUGUGUAGUAUUUUCUGUGGUUGAAACAUUUUGGUUUGUAUCCAGCAGCUGCCUAUUGCCACUUUAGAGCUGCUGUACUGUGCUGCUGUGCAUUUUGCCAUCCAAGAACCUUAGUGCUGACAUUAGUUGACAUUGCAACUGGGGUCUGCUGGUAUGUAACUUAGUGCUGUGAACUGUAUGUAUGUAACAACAGCAGUGUAGUAACUUGUGUGCUGGGUGAAGAAGCAUUCCAGCACCAACUUGAUGUAUGAACACCUUUAAAUCA